CCAGACAAAUUGUCAGUGUGCGCUGAGUCGAGCUAUGAGGCGAUUGCGUGUUCGCGUGCGUGUGAAACUAGCAUAAAUGCUAUAUUUAACCAGUGCACAAAACAAAGAAACUAUAGACUCUGAGCCAUAAAAAGAAAGUACAACAUGAUUAUAAGGACUGGGAUAGUCGUUUUAUGUGUAAGCAUCACCAUAGCAGCGAAUACUCCGAUCAACGCCACGCCGGCUUUGAUGCUAUCCCCAUUUAUCAAACAAAAUCGCCUCCAGGAAGCAAGAAACGCAUCUUCAGUCAACAGCACACUCUUCCUGAAUAUCACGAGCCAUGCCGGAUUCCUUACGGUUGACUCGUCGUAUAAUUCCAACAUGUUCUUUUGGUACUUUCCCGUGGCAGGGAAACCUGUUAAUGAGACGCCAUGGAUAAUUUGGUUGCAAGGAGGACCAGGCGCCAGCAGCUUGGCUGGGCUGUUCGAUGAAAUAGGCCCGUUUCAGUAUGAUAGUGCGCAGUUGAAACGACGCCAGUGGUCAUGGGGCAACAACUACUCGCUGCUGUUCGUGGACAACCCGGUGGGUGCCGGAUUCAGUUUCACCGACAAGCAAGACGGAUUCGUGAAGGAUAUGGAAACGUGCUCCAAGUAUCUCUACAACGCACUACAGCAGUUCCUGACGAUCUUUCCUGAGCUAAGAACUGCGCCGCUGUACAUCGCUGGGGAGUCCUACGCCGGCCGCUACGUGCCGGCCUUCGGGUACAAGAUCUUGGAGGAGCAGCCUACGGGCAACGCGUCUAUCAAUUUGAAGGGUCUCACGAUGGGCAACCCAAUCAUCGAUCGCAUUGACGCCGCGAACAUCUCGUCGGUGUACUACCACUGGGGUUUACUGGACACACAAGGCUUGCUCGCUGUCAAACCACUACAGGAUAAAUACAGCCAGGCCGUAGAGCAGAACAACCUGCAAGAAGCUUGGGACCUCCGCGAUCAACUCAACCAGUUAUUGGUAGACAUCUCCCAACAACCCAACCACUUCAACCUGCUGAACGAAUCAGGCAAUCUUCGCUCAUUCACUGGCUUCAUAGAUCAGCCUCACAUAAAGGAAGCUCUUCACGUCGGUACCAUACAGUUUACGUUCAACAAUGGAUCGGUGGACGAUGCUCUGAUGAAGGAUUUCCUUGGACCUAUUAGACCGAAGCUGGAAAAUCUUUUAGAACAUUAUAAGAUUAUGGUUUACUGCGGUCAACUGGACCUGACUGCGCCGUGCGAGCUGGCAGCGGACUCUCGGCGCAAGCGCUGGCACUGGAGUCAUCGCGACGACUUCCUCAAGGCCCCGCGACGGCCCUGGACGGUUAAUGGAACGUUGGCUGGCUACAUAAAAGAGGGCGGCGGUUUAACCGAGGUUCUGGUCCGCGGAGUAGGGCUGGUUCCCCUCGACGCUCCUGCAGCUUCGUACGCACUGCUCCAACACUUCAUACGAGACGACGACCUACCUAUACCCCCCGACUUCAAAGAUAAACCGGAAUAUACGCCGCCGUAUGUCGAUAAUCAACCUACAAAUCAGCCGACGCUAAGAAACAACGCACUUAUAGCGUCAGUAGUACUAAAUGUGCUCCUUAUAGUCUGCCUUAUUAGUGGUGUUGUCGUAUAUAUGAGAUUUAAGAGAAGAAGCGAGGCAUAUUUCUACAGCACCGUGGAGGACUCUAUAUCUGAUGGUAUUUUAACCAUGGCCUACGUCAAGCAGGGCGGCGGUCUAACAGAAGUUCUGGUACGUGCAUCAGGCCACCUGGUACCCAGAGACGCACCUGCCCAGGCUUACCAGCUUAUCAACUCCUUCAUCAGUCAGAACGCAACAUCUUGGUACUACACGGAUAAAGCCGAGUACACUCCGAUGACUGUUGAAAAAGAUCCAUUAGGAGCUAUUUGGCGCAUCACUACUAAAUAUAGAGCAAAUCACGGCGUGGAGGAAUCUAUCGCGAAUCGCGAGCGGGCGUGGGAGCGGCUUUAUGCUAAACAGGUCGUUGGUACCCCGCGAGCGUACCUGUUCAUCGGCCCUAAAAUCUCGACCGUUGUGAUACUCACUGGCCAUCGAGAAAAACAAGUGACUGCAAAAGUGGGGGAAGUUUCAGGCAGACUAGCUGUGACCGUGGGAAAAAUGUUGCUAAUUUGGGCUUUAACCUUAGUUUGCGCAGCGUCAUGUUCCGAUCGGUUCUCCUUACCCGAGCUGCCUCCUGGCGAGGCACCGGACCGUAUCCUCAAGUUCAUGGAGGAUACGUACAAGACCGGCCGAGGCAAGUCCGCGUCCGAGGCGGGGGAGCCUCUGCUCCUCACCCCGCUCAUUGAGCAGAAUAAGCUGGAGGAGGCUAGAGAGGCGGCGAAGGUUGACUCCGAUUACAUACUUCCUGACAUGGACAGCUAUGCUGGGUAUUUGACAGUGAACAAAGAGUACAACGCGAACCUCUGGUUCUGGUAUUUCCCGGUAACCGACAAGAAGGUGGAAGAGACUCCCUGGAUCAUCUGGCUGCAAGGCGGCCCUGGUGUGUCCUCGCUGUACGGGCUGUUCACCGAAAUCGGACCGUUUGUCGUCAAUGAAGACGGCAAUUUGGAAGAACUAAAAUAUUCUUGGGGCAAGAACCACUCGCUGCUGUUCAUAGACAACCCCGUCGGUACAGGCUUCAGUUUUACUUCGGAUGAUCGAGGAUAUGCCACCAAUCAAACCACGAUCGGCGAGAACUUGUACACAGCACUGCAACAGUUCCUGACAUUGUUCCCCGAGUUGAGGAAGGCGCCACUGACGAUCGCCGGUGAAUCGUACGCUGGCAAGCACAUCCCGUCCAUAGGCAUUCAGAUCCUGUGGAACAGGGACAGGGACCAAGACCAGCCCAUCAAUCUACAGGGUCUAGCCAUCGGCAACGGUUUCAUCGACCCCCUGUCGCUGCAACGUUAUAGUUACUUCGUGCGCGAGGUCGGCCUAGUGGACGAUAACGUCGCCGACUCCAUGCGACACUUGGAGCUGGCCGUCACCCAGUUCAUUAACAACGGGGAGAUGGUUAAAGCUUAUGCGUAUUACAACUAUCUGCUAACCACAUUCCUCCGCGAAUCCCAACUGGACAAUCUGUACAACUUCCUUCAAACCGACAUCGGCCUCGGCGGUCCUCACAUAGAAUACCUCGAGCGUAACGAAGUGCGCCGCGCUCUGCACGUCGGCAACACCAACUUCACGUCGGUCGGCGUGGUGUACAGGAAGCUGGUGCCGGACUUCAUGAACAGCGCUAGGACGUGGCUUGAGGAGCUGCUGGAGAACUACAGGGUCAUGCUUUAUAAUGGGCAUCUCGACAUCAUAGUGGCGUACCAUCCGUCGGUGAACACGUACAACUCCCUCAACUUCUCCGGUACGAAAACCUACAAGACAGCAAAGCGCAACCCUUGGUACCACGACGACAAACUCGCUGGAUACGUAAAAAUCGCCGGAAACCUGACUGAAGUGAUGGUCCUAGGGGCAGGACACAUGGUGCCCGCUGACAAGCCGGCGCCAGCGCUUGGUCUGAUCUCGGCCUUCGCCCGCGGCCUGUCUUUGGACGAUGACACGGGGAACCUCGUCAACAUAGAUAGAAAGUCUUUGCGGACCCGCCAACUCCCAGUGCAAUAGUCAUAUCGAGUCAUAUCUUUUGUAAAAGUGUUAAUAA